AUGAUCCAACGCUCUUCAUUCCGCGAUUACUUCAACGAUGAUGAGAUUGAAAUUGCAAUGUCAUUACUUGACCUACAUGUGCCUAGAGAGAGAAGCUGCUGCUUGGGAAGUAAAGGUAUGAGUUUUGCCAGUAACAAUGGUUUGUCUUCUUUUUGUUCUUCUUCCUGUCAGUCAGUCAAGUUUUAGUGAUGAACUGCCUCUUAUUCUCCAUAAUGGCGACAAAACCAAACAAGGAGAACAGAUAGUAAACGAAUUAACUGAAAGAAAAGAUCCUGAUGAUUAUUUAGAGAGAAGAAAGAACUUGGAAAAGAAGAUCGAUGAAUCUGCUAAUUUACGAGUGGCUAUAAACCAAGUCAAACAAUUCUACGUUAAGUUAAAAGAAGAUGAGAAGAAACUGAGAACACGAAUGUUGCAGCUGGGUUUACCAGGAAUAGGGACAAUCCACCGCUAAAGUUGGAAGACAACAAGCGAAAGAUCUUAAACGGUCAUUGACAUGGGGGAAAGGACUAGGAAUUGGUUACCACUGAAAGCAUUGAAACCUAUAC